UUUCGCUUUUGGCUUCGUCGGAGAGGAUGACAACGAGACGAGGAAAAUUUGUCCGCAUUUUCUAACCAGACUGAAGACUUUCGUUUUGGUUCGUGCUGGAUCUCGACAAGGCAUUGCUCCAAAAACCUUACCAUCCAGCUUCCUAUCACAGUCCAAUCCAGAUCCUAGAUCUAAAAUGCAGGGGGUCAUGAGAGCAGUACGAUCAUGGCAAGAGACGUUAAAGAAGAUCACGGUCAUGCAACAUUCGUAUAGAAGAGAGAUGAGUAAAGUGAAAAAUAUCUUGGAAGGAUUGGAACUAGAAGGUGGUUCAUCUUCCUCACUGAAAAGUUUGGAGAAUAUUACUGUCAGAGAGAUCGUUUCGAAAAAGGGAGAAGGAGGUAUUGGCUCCUCCUGGAUAUCCUGUAGGGCAGAGGAUACUGCAAUUGACGCUGUGCAAAAUAUGGCUAGACAUAACAUUGGAUCUUUGGUGGUGAUGAAGUCUGAAGGAGAAAACAUAGCUGGGAUUGUUACAGAACGAGACUACCUGAAGAAAAUAAUAGCAGAUGGGAGAUCUCCCAUAUACACAAAAGUUGGAGAAAUAAUGACUCAUGAGGACAAACUAGUAACCAUAACGUCGGACACGAACAUCCUUAAAGCAAUGCAGCUUAUGACAGAGAAUCACAUAAGACAUAUUCCUGUGAUAGAUGGAAAACUAGUUGGCAUGAUUUCUAUUGUAGAUGUUGCCAGAGCAGUUGUAAAGCAGCAAAAUGGGGAACUUGAGCAACUAAACAACUAUAUAAAAGGAGAAUAUUAUUAAAACUCAAAUCUAAGAAUCAGAAAAUACACAAUUCAUGCAACAGAAACACUCUUUAUUGAGAGACAGCCCGACAAUGGAUACCAUGUAAAAGCAAAAGAAGGAAAAAGAUUUAAAAGAAGUCAAAGCAUAGUGUGAAAUCUUUAUAUUUUAUUUUAUUUUAUUUUUAUAUAUAUGUGAGUAUGCACACGACCCUAAAAUAUUGGUUAGCCAGGAAACUCGCAAGAGGUAGGUGACUGGAUUAAAUCCGUUCCCUCCAGGUCCUUAUUUAGUGGUCAAUGAAUAAUAGUUUUUUUUCCAUGUA